CCCAUUCCCACCACAUUCCUGACUCAUUCCCUCCUCAUUACUGCCACAUUCCCACCACAUCUUGGCCACACUUUCACCACAUUUCUACCACAGUCCCAUCACAUUCCAGUCACAGCCCAGCCCCAUUUCCACCACAUUCCUACCACAUUCCUGACUCAUUCCCUCUUCAUUACCGCCACAUUCCCACCACAUCUUGGCCACGCUUUCACCACAUUUCUACCACAGUCCCAUCACAUUCCAGUCACAGCCCAACCCCAUUUCCACCCCAAACCUGUAUCAUUCCCCCCUCAUUUCCGCCAUAUUCCCACUACAGCCGAGCCACACUUUCCCCAGAUUCCUACUCCCAGCCACAUUGCAGCCGCAUUUCUCCCACAUUACGGCACAGGCGUGCCGCCAAUCAGGGCCAGUGUAGCCUCAGAGAAGACUUGGCUAGAGCAGCUCAGCCGGAGGCUGCACUGGCUCGGAGCAGCGUAUAAACACUCAAGUGUCCGAGCGGUGCUCCGAUUGGUUGGGAAUAUUCGAGAUAAAAAUAUUCCAUUGCUUGGUCAGGCACGCGAGACUGGUGUAGCGGUUAAAACGUACCGAAAGCGCACAACUUCGUGCCUCAGCUGCCAUGUGUGUGUGUGUGUGUGUCCAGUGGGCAAGUCGUGUCUGACGCAUAGGCUGUGCGAGGGCGCAGUUUCGCGGGCAGAAUGUCUUGAAACUGGGUCAGCCUACGAAAGGCCUUGGCGUCACAGGAUUGGUCACAAGAAAGGUGGCUUGAGCUAUCGACAGCUUCAGCAACGCCGAGCCACAGUCAGCUGGACCUGUGACGCCAGUUUGGCUGCGGCGCCAUUGCAGGCUGGGCUGGACGAUGCUGUUCAAGUCAGUUCUGCUCGCGCCAACCGGUCGUUCGUGGCGGCGACCGGCCCGUCUUUUGCGUUGGCUGUCUUCGUGUCUUGUGCGAGCAGUUUGCAGCCAACCAAAUCAUGGAAUGCCUCAAGCAGCCUGCAAGAGGGUUUGUGGGCCGAAAAAGCGGAGCUGGUCGAAAACUUAACUCGCACAGGACACGAGAGAAACGGUCAUGAAGGAAAAGAUGGGACGGAAGGAUGGAAAGAGGAAGAGGUGUAA